AUGGAUGAAUCACCAGCUGAGGCACCGUUCGCUGCACCAAAUAUAUCUCAAACUCCAAAUCGAGAGGUACCACGCGGUGGGAUAUCCGAAAUCCAGAAAAAGGCUCUCCGCGACUGGGUUCGGAAUCAAGAAACCCGACCAAGACAUGCAGCCUGUAUCGCCUGGUUUGAACGCACCUACCAAAAGCGCAUUACUCAAUCUACCGUGUCCAAUAUCCUGUCGAAGAAAUAUGACCAUCUCGACUCGGGGCCCGUGAGCUCUGCUCUACGGAAGCAAAUACCCCAAUGGCCCUUGCUGGAGAAAGAGCUGUCCGAUUGGCUUCUCCAACAAGAGCAAGCCGGGAGAACAGUCAAUGGGGAGGAGAUCAUGGCCAAAGCUCGCGAGCUAUGGCCCCAAGUCCAUGAGGAGGAGCAGGUCAUGCCUCAAUUCAGCCAGGGCUGGCUAACGAGAUUUAGAAAGCGAUAUGCUGUUCGCGUGUCCGAUGGAAUUGGAAUUGAACUUCCGACGACUCUUGCAGCGAGUCGGAAAGAAAUCAAUGGCUUACGUACGUUCUGCGGCGAGUUCAUGCCCGAAGACCUGUAUAGCAUGGGUGAAACCGGUCUUCUAUGGCGAAAGGCCCCUUUCGAUACAAUCCCAAACGAGGGCCAGUUAUCACUCUACAAAGAACGAUCUCGAGUCUGCUUGAUGGUGUGUACCAACUGUACUGGAGGAGACCGACUUCCACUGUGGGUGAUUGGACAUAAAGAAAAGCCAGAACCGCUGCGCACUCUGAAUCUCAAGGCCAUCGGCGCCCAGUGGCGCCAUAGCCGAAACGCUUGGGUUACCACGGCCACCAUGUCAGACUGGCUUCUCUCAUUUUAUGAACAUGUUGGUGAUAGGAGAGUUCUGCUCUUACUUGAUGAAUGUCAUGCCCAUCAGGCCGCAGUCGAGACUACUCCUCCGCCAGCAAAUGUCCACAUCCAGUUCUUCCCCAGGCGGGCCAAUGGAAUCACAGCACCCUUGACAAUGGGUAUAACACAGAGCCUGAAAGACAACUACCGCAAAAGAUACCUCUCAUAUCUGGCCGAAGGGCUCUUCCAAGCCGGCCAAAGUCCCGUCCGUACAAUGAGUCUGUACUAUACCCUCGACUGGAUCACGCGAAUCUGGCGAUGGGACGUUCCAAGCGCUACAGUUUUCAAAGCCUUCCGACGAAGCACUCUCAUUGAACCACAACUCCACAAACUCACCGCGCCCAAGAUACACGGAAUACACGAGCUCUACAACACCGUCAUUCAAUACAAUCAGACCGGUCAACCAGCAACAUCCCUCGAACAGUACCUGAACCCAGUGGGCGAAGAAACCGACGAGCAACCCAACGAUACACCGUGGUCCUGGUCAGACACAGAGACUGCAGAGCUAGAUGAGGCUUUCACAAUCAUUCCAACCAGUGAACUGUUGCCUUCUGCACAAUCCGUCUUCAACAGUAUCCAAGAAGUCUUCCUAUAUAUGCAACACCACCAAAUCGAUAAGCCAGAACUAAUUCAGUCGCUGGAAACGAUUGAGAGACUGGCGAUGAGGGAUUUACUGAAUUCUCAAAACUAG